CAUGCGCGGUGCGGGCUCGGGUGGCCGGGCUGGCGGCGGAGCGGAGAUCCGAGGCACUAUGCCGGGGAAACGCACUGCCAAGAAGAGCCUGGCGCUGGAAGAGGAGUCUCCUGGAAGGAAGAAGAUUAAAGUGUGCCACCCGUCCCACCGCACGCAGCCCGGGCUGGUGCUGACGCUGGGGCAGGGGGAUGUUGGCCAGCUGGGCCUGGGAGAGGACGUGAUGGAGAGGAAGAAACCAGCCCUGGUGUCGCUGCCGGAGAUGAUCGUGCAGGCGGAAGCUGGAGGGAUGCACACGGUGUGCCUCAGCCAGACAGGAAAAAUCUACACCUUUGGCUGCAACGAUGAGGGUGCCCUCGGGCGCGACACCUCAGCAGAAGGGUCCGAGACUAUUCCGGGGCUGGUGGAGCUGCAGGAAAAAGUGGUGCAGGUCUCUGCAGGGGACAGUCACACGGCUGCACUGACAGAGGAUGGCAGGGUUUUUGUCUGGGGCUCCUUCCGGGAUAACAAUGGGGUGAUUGGCUUGCUGGAGCCCAUGAAGACCAGCUCCAUCCCUGUGCUGCUCCAGCUCAAUGCGCCCAUCAUUAAAAUUGUCUCAGGGAAUGACCACCUAGUGAUGCUGACAGUGGAUGGUGACCUCUUCACAUGUGGCUGUGGCGAGCAGGGCCAGCUGGGGAGAGUGCCAGAGCUCUUUGCCAACCGAGGAGGAAGGAGAGGUCUACAGCGGUUGCUGGUCCCCCAGCGUGUCCCUGUCAGAGGCAAAGGCAACAGAGGCAAGUUGCGCUUCCAGGAUGCCUUUUGUGGGGCUUACUUCACUUUUGCCAUCACACAGGAAGGACACAUCUAUGGAUUCGGCCUCUCCAACUACCAUCAGCUUGGCACGCAGGGCACCGAGCCCUGCUUCUCCCCGCAGAACCUGACCUGCUUCAAGAACUCCACCAAGUCCUGGGUUGGGUUCUCUGGUGGGCAGCACCACACAGUGUGUGUCGACUCAGAGGGUAAAGCCUACAGCCUGGGCAGGGCAGAGUACGGCCGCCUGGGCCUCGGCGCUGGGGCAGAGGAGAAGAGCACACCCACAGCCAUCCCCGAGCUGCCCAGCAUCUCCUCUGUGGCCUGCGGGGCCUCGGUCGGCUACGCUGUCAGCAGUGACGGCCGAGCAUUUGCCUGGGGCAUGGGCACCAACUACCAGCUGGGCACAGGGGAGGAGGAGGACGUCUGGAGCCCUGUGGAGAUGGUGGGCAAGCAGCUGGAGAACCGCACAGUCCUGGCCGUGUCCAGUGGUGGGCAACACACUGUGCUGCUGGUCAAGGACAAGGAGCAGAGUUGAUGAAGCGACAUCUCAGCCGAGCCCAGUGGGAUGACGGGACCUGCACACACACCCCCCACCUUCCACUCGGGCCGGGUGACUGGUUUCCAGCUCUGGUGUCCCAUCACUGGCAGUGAGGAGGGCAGGAGGCUCCUGGAGCUGGGAGCAGGCUCCGUGGCUGGAGCAGGGCUCUUCAGGGGUGCUCAUGAUUUCUCCCUGCGUGUGUCUGUCUUCCCACGGUGCUCAGUGCUCUGUCAGCUCCCCCUGGGUUGGCUUGGUCCUAAAUCAAUCUCAGUGCUGUGGCUGGAUGGGUUUUCAAGUUCUUCUUGUCUGGUGUUUGAAGUAUUUCGUGGCCUGGCAAAGCUGAGGGCCUUGUUCUUCACUACACAGAAGGGUUUGAGCAUCAGGCUUUCCAGGGUCCCCAUUUUCCCCAUCUCUGGGUAUCCUCCAUCCCCAUAACCUAAACGUCUCUUACCUCUCCAGCAUGGAUUUGUCUGCUGGCACCCACUGAACCCCUCUGGGCUCAUUCUGGGGGGAGAUCCUUGCCCAGGGGAGCUCUCUCUCCUCACACCAGUGCUUGGUGGGGACGCGCUGCGGGGUGUCUGGGAGCCUGCGAGGGGGAAUGCUGCCGGACAAUACCCGUUCCACACUGUACACUGUGGCUGCUGGGAAAGGGAGGGGGAACUCCUGCCUCCCACCAUCACCACUGGCACAGCUGAGCCAACCUCCAGGCAGCGAGGCCGGGAGCAGGUUCCCCCCUUGCCUCCUGCCUGGGGCAGCCACCUCCAGCGCUGCUUUUUGCAGUCCCACUCUUGCUCUUUCCCAUUCCCUUUGGAAACCCAACAAAAUCCAUCCUACGGGUGGGGAUUUGGUUAUUUUAACUUGUUUUCCUCUUUAAUCUGCUGAGGAAGGAGCUGGAUUUGCUGUUAGGGACUUGCUGAGAAGACAACCAAAACACAGCUAUGCAUCGAAUCACUUGAAACAACGGGGCUCCCUCCCCAUUGCCUCCAGUCUCCAUCCACUGGUCUCGCUCCCUGUGCCCGGCCUGCCCCAUCUUCUCUUUCCAUGCUGCAUUCCAGGUACCUGGACUGAGAAGAGGGGUCUGCAGAGUUUCAAUUUUAUAUGUUAAGUUAUAGCAAUAGGAGGAAGCUGGGGUGGGGGGGCUGGGGCUUGUCCUAUGCUUCAGGAUAGGUUGGGGUUUUUUAAAGCAAAUUGUAUUUUGGUUGAUUGAGGAAGAGGGGAAAAAAAAUGUAAUCUUUUAACAUUUGGAAUAAACUGAGUUUUGAUAAA